AUGGCUUCGCAGAUAUAUUCUCGAUACAUUCCGCCAGUCAGGAAGAGUGUUUUAUCCUCUCCGGAAGCUGCGGCGCCCGCUAUCGACACCCCCAAACCCGCGCAUCCUACCCCGCCAGCGACUCGACCCGAUGCCUCUUCCACCUAUGCGCGAUAUGUUCCUCCGUCCAAGUCGAAAUCCACAGCAGUAGCUCAUAAGGUGCCAGAACCAACCGCGGAUUCGGGUUCCACCCCUUCGAAAAGAAAAAGAGACGAGGCUGUCGAGCCAUCCAAACCGGUCAAGAAAUCCAAGAAGGAUCUGGUAUCAGCCAAUGUACUCGCACCAAUUGUGCAUAUACGGGAGGGAAACCAGAAAGAGACGAAGGCGAGCAAUUCAAGCGCUGCGGCCGACGCAGAAGUAGUAGAGCAGGGCGACAACGAUGUUGUCCAGGAGUCCGUGGGCGAUGCGGCCAGCGAGGUGGAGCGCAAGAGAGAGAAUAGGAAGAAGAAGAAGGUGGACCAGGACUCUUUAGAAAACCACGCAGCUGAAGAGAUUACAUCGAAGGAGCGCAAAAGGAAGAAAACCCCCAAGUUAACCGAGGGAGAUGAAGAUGGAGAUGAUCCGGUCGAAAAGGGUGAUCAGCAGUCGAGGCACAGCAAGUUGAUGGAGAAACGGAAAAAGUCGCUGCAGAAGGCACAGAGACUCGCGGAAACUACCAAGGUUACGCCCGCUGCUGAAGAUGGGCUGCCCUUGCUGCCUGUUUCUGAAGAAGUUCACGACCUGUGCCCUCUGCCUCAGCCAGAACCCGUCCCGGAACUCCCAGUCCUCCCUGCGUCGGCUUCCCUGCCUUCCUGGCUUGCAUCUCCUAUACGAGUCUCUCCGACUGCCACUGCCCAUUUCCCCGAUCUCGGUAUCUCGAAGGAUGUUACGAAAGCACUCGCGGAGAAGGGAUACAGUCAAGCAUUUGCAGUCCAGGCAGCCGUACUGCCCUUGCUUCUCACGAAGAAUAGACACCGACCGUCUGGCGAUGUUCUCGUCUCCGCUGCUACCGGCUCCGGUAAAACCCUUUCAUAUGUAUUGCCCAUGAUCGAGGAUGUCUGCCGAAAUGCUUCCCAGGGCAUCCGAGGUCUCAUUGUGAUGCCAACCAGAGAACUCGUCUCGCAAGCACGUCUGGUAUCAGAAUCCUGUGCCUCCGCGUUUUCUCGAGGUGAAGGAUAUACGACUCGAGCCAGAAUUGGGACUGCUGUUGGGAACGAGACCAUUGAAGCCGAACGAGUUCAUUUGAUGACUGAUGAUGUCCCUUAUGACCGGGAGGAAUACCGCAGGAUUCCGAGUUUGGAAUCUCCGUUGGUGCCACAGAGUUCUGAUUGGGAGGAUGAUAUAUUUGCCAAUGAAGAUGUCAAACCUACUCUCCCUGGCGAUAUAUCUAGGCCACGACCCAAGGUCGAUGUUCUCAUUUGCACUCCCGGUCGAUUAGUCGAGCAUCUCAAAUCCACAAAAGGAUUCUCUCUGGCAUGCGUCAAAUGGCUUAUUGUCGAUGAAGCCGACAAGCUGCUCGAUCAAAGCUUUCAGCAGUGGCUACCUACGGUCAUCUCCAAGCUGGAUCCGAGGAAGGGAGCAGUUCGGAAGAUAGUUCUCAGUGCCACGAUGACGAGAGAUGUGGGACAACUGAACCAGUUGAAGCUUUUCAGGCCGAAGCUGGUUGUGUUGGAGGGCUCCUCUCAGCCAGACGAGGACAUUUCUGCACGUUCUGGGGCCCAUGUUUUGCCCGCGCUUCUGGCGGAGUCAAGUCUCAAAGUUGACGACGAAAGCAUCAAGCCUCUCUACCUCAUGGAACUCCUGAAGCGUGAAAAUAUUGUCUCUGGCCUGGAAAGCUCAACAGAUGAAGUUUCCUUACCGUCAGACUCAUCAGAUGACGACUUAUCCAGCUCCGACGACGGCAGUUCCAGCGCCAGCUCCACCGCCUCUGUACCAAAGCCCGCUGUUGGUACGCGAAACCCAAACACGUCUUCCACGCCCCGUGGAGUCUUGAUCUUCACAAAAUCCAACGAAAAUGCAGUCAGACUCGGUCGUCUCAUCGCACUCCUCUCUCCAUCGGCAUCAUCUAUUAUCGGAACUUUGACAUCCACAACACCUACCGCCUCCCGCCACCGCACCAUAGCCUCUUUCGCCUCUGGCAAGAUUUCCAUCCUCGUCGCCUCGGAUCUCGUAUCUCGCGGUCUGGAUCUCCCGAAUCUGGCUCAUGUCAUCAACUAUGAUGUUCCAAACAGCGUCGAGAGCUAUAUCCAUCGAAUCGGACGAACUGCGAGAGCAGGGAAGAAGGGACGUGCAUGGACAUUGUACACACCGACAGAAGGACGGUGGUUCGUGAACGAGAUUGGGAGAUCAGAGAACAUUGAGCGAGCGAGUGGCUCCAAGAUGGGCAGGCUGAACAUCAAGGAGGAUGCACUUGCUAGUCGACGGCCUAGCUACGAGGAGGCAUUGAAAACUUUGGGGAAAGAAGCGAAUUCUUCGAGAACCGCGAAGGCAUCUUGA